GUGUGGUCAUGUAGUAUGAUCCACAGAGCGAAAGGUCUGGUUAUCCACAGCUGCUUUGGAAAGAGGGGGAACUAGAGAGGGAGAGGAGAGAAGAGAAAGAAAGUGACAGGAAGCCACCUUAUUAAACACUGACAGCGGGUCAAAGACAGAGAAGAGGAGAAAGACGGUGUCCAGAACAUACCAUAACCAUAUGGUGGCCUUAAAAGUGGAAAAUUCAGAAGAAAAGGGGUGAUCUGUUACUUUGGAAAAGAAAAGGUUAAACUAAAAGGAAACUUUCCCUGGAAAAGUUAGAGACUCAUCAUGUCAACGCUCCCGGCUGAGACAGGCCCUGAGGAUGCCAACAAUCAGAGCUUCUGGAUGCCAGGGAACUACCACCGGACAGUGAAGAGGACCGAAGAUGCCUUCCAGGCAUGUAAUGACAUAGUGGCGUGUUUCCAGGAAAGGGCCAGGGUUGAGAGACAGUAUGCGCAGCAACUUAGUGAGUGGAGUACCAAAUGGAAACCCCUAGUGGAUGCGAGUCCUCUCUACGGCUCUCUGUUGCGAGCGUGGCAGUGCUUCCUCUCUUCUGCUGACCGCCUCUCCUCACUGCACUCCUCCAUCUGUCGUGCUCUGGUGUCAGAGGACGGAGAUCGCAUCCGGACGUGGCAGAAGGACACUUUCCAUAAGAAAAUAUUUGGAGGUUUCAAGGAGUCCCAGGAUUUUGAAACCGGUUUCUCACGUGCUCAGAAGCCCUGGGCCAAGAGACUGAAAAAGUUAGAGAAGGCCAGGUCGGCGUUUCACAAAGCUUGUCGCAAGGAACAUGUGGCUCGUGAACGGGAGGCCCAUGCCCAAGGCAACCCUGACAUUGCCAUCGAGAAACAGAGGAAGAUCCAGGAAGAGACCGAACUGGCUCACCAGGAGACAGAGAAAGUACGAGCCCGCUAUGAGAAGGUUCUUGAGGAAGUGACACGUUAUGCUCCGCGCUACAUGGAGGAAAUGGAGUCUAUCUUUGACCAAUCACAAGAGGAGGAGAGGAAGAGGAUAAGCUUCCUCAAACAGGCUUUCCUGUCCAUCCACAGACACUUGGAUGUCACCAACAAUGACAGCGUAAAAGCUGUGUACAAUGAGCUCCAUAAUACUCUGAUGUCCAUCAGCGAGCAGGAGGAUUUGCGCUGGUGGAAGAAUACACAUGGACCGGGAAUGCCCACUGACUGGCCUCAAUUUCAGGAGUGGACUCCAGACAAGAAGCAUAAAAAGGGAAAGAAGGAGGUGGAGCAGAAAGCAGCAAUGAUGGAGAGAAGUGUAAUGAUUGGAGGAGUGAGAGUCAGAGCUCUUUAUGACUAUGUUGGACAGGAGACAGAUGAACUCUCCUUCAAAGCAGGUGAGGAGUUUCUGAAGAUAGAGGAUGAGGAUGAUCAGGGUUGGUGCAGAGGCAUGAUGGACGGAGGGAAAGAGGGCCUUUACCCUGCUAACUACGUGGAGGUGGUGUAGAUCCACAGGACGACACAGAGCUCCUGCUCUGGGGUACAUAAAUGCCUACAGGCGCCCAGGUUUAAGCCUAUUUCACAGCCAUGUUUAUUGAAGUUUGCUUUGUUUUCUCUGAGCGAAUGACAGAUGGUACACAGGUAUGGGUUUAGAGCUGAAUUUAGUGCGUGAAGUUGGGAUCUGAACAAGAAAAUGCAUCCAAAGUGCUUUCAUGAUCUUACUUGAGAACAUUGUAAUGUAGGCCUGGUUUCACAGACAGGUCCUAGAUUAAGCCAGGGGUAGGCCUUAGUUAAAUUAGGACAUUUAAAUAGCUUUUAUAAAAGUCCCUUAGAAAAAAAAACAUUAUUGGUGUGCAUCUUGAGACAAAACAAUUGCACCGACAUAUUUUAAGAUAUGUUAGUGCAGGUUUCUUUCAGUCAAGACAGCUCAAACAUCCAUUUUAUUCUGGGACUAGCUUAAGCCUUGUCUGUGAAACCGGGCAAUUAUGUUUUAUUGUGUGUCACAUUGUGGCUUUAGAUCAAAAUAUGCAGAGAUUUUCAUACGAUUAUGAUAUGAAUAGGUACCAAGUUCCUCUAAUACAUAUAUAUAGAGAGAGAAUAUGAACUGCAUUGUCUUGAUGCAUGCAUGAAUCUACAGAGUAUUUUGAGGACAAUGUCUCACACCAAAGAUUUCAGUGCAUAUUUACAUUUUAUCAGUGAGAAUUGUUAUAUCUGAUGCCUGUGUAAAAGGGGCCAGAUGGGUAUGAUGUCAUUUACAGCUGCGAAUUUCACGCAAUGUGUUAAUAGGUAUGAUAAUAUGCUAUAUUUUAUCCGCUUUGGUCUUGUUGUUAAACGUCACUUGUCUCACAUUUAGUAAUUUCAGUUACACAAAGGCAGUAUUAAUCAACACCACUUUAAAGUGAUAGCCAUGGGACCCAUUACGGUCUCUUCUUGUGUAUUUCUGUUGUGUUUAUGAUGUCAUUCUAACCAAAGAAAAAGUAUGUAUGCAAAUGAGCGCAAUGUUUAUUUGUGCAGUAGUGGGGGUAAAUUACAUCGAAUCAGGGCCGUAGUUUAUGCACCAUCACUAAUCUAAUGCAAAUACUACCAGUAUUAAAAGGGAUACAGAUUA